AUGGCUAAUCCUGUCCUUCGCCUCGACACCACCUUUCUUGACACCAGCAUAGUAGACAGCAGCACCUCGCAGAGCUUGACGACGCCUGCCGCUCGCAGCCGCGCUCGCAGUCUAUCCCAAGCGGUCCUCCCGUCUUUCCGUAUCUCAACCACCCCGAACACCGACAAACCAUCCUCCGAGGCCUCCAAUGCCUUCAACGUCUCUGUGUCUCAUGCCGUUAACAAAGCUAGGAACGAGUCUCGCAAGCUGCUCGCACACUUGCUAGCACAGCUUCAGAGCAGGCCGGUGCCUCCGUCAGUCCUGGAAGUUCUGACCAAUGGUGGCUGUCAAAAAAGCUUAGCUUCCAACGCACAGUCAUUCAGAGGGGCCGCAAAGUAUCAUGGAGGUGCUAGGGACGUUCAGGUGCUCCCCCGCGUCUCCCACGAUGAUACAGACGGCGAGUGGGAGGACGAUGCGCAGUUCAACACGGAUGUUACACUUGAUCUCAUGAAUCAACUCAAAGACGUCCUGCUUAUUUCUGCGGCUCAGAAAUGGGAUAUCUUCUACGACAGCCCCACAGAUGUCAGCCGCGCUUCAGACAGGUUCUCCGAAGUGUAUUUGCGCAGAAGGAGUCGCCAGGUUACGAAGCGACGGUCCCGAUCCCGGUCUCGGUCUGUCUCGAUGGCCACCGAGGCAGAGGGCGCCGUACAAGCACCACAUUUACUAUCCCAGUGCAUCUCCGUAAUAACCUCACUGAUUACAGAGGAUUGUCGCUUUAGGACGUCCAGCCCCCGGCCGUCAAGACCGCCGAAUGCUUUGCAGUCGGUGACGUUGGACGUGGCACAAUUCCUGAUACACGAACAUCGUCAUGACCCUAAAAUACUUUCUCAAAUCGCAUUCGCAGUUAUCCCAGCAUUUUACAUGUUUAGGCCUUCUUUGCAUACUCGGUUACUCUCUUUCUUCGACGAUGGGGUGAUUGGUCGCGUGCUACACGAUCUGAGACGAAUACAAGGAAGACAAACCAACGAACAAAUGCUGCCUUCAACGGAUAUGCUCGGGGGCGACUUCUUGUCUUCAGUCCAGUCUCCCGUGGUCGCUAUCACAGUCGAUGCGGCAGACGACGUGGUCAUAUCUCCAUCGGAAUCGGGCUGGAGACGCUGGCAAGUAUCUGGAGACGUUGACUGUCAAUCGACCAAUGUGCCUCUCCAAGACAUAGCGGUAUACCAAAUGUCCUCGGUGAUCUCCCCAUUACUCGCGGCCAUCUUGGAGAACGUCGACAUUGUCUCCGAAUCAUUACCGACGGUGCAUCGUUUCCACCGACUGUUGACCAGAAUCGCUGAGUACAAACCGGACGCAUACGAAGACAUCCUCUCAAUCAUCGCGUACCACUCUCCGCGUGCGCGCUAUUUUGCCAUAGGUCUUCUGAUGUCGUACUGGUCGAGGGCUGUGGGCCACCUGGCUGUCAGUAGAUCGUUCCCCAGCAUCACAUACUCGGCAUCACUCGCCAAAGCACUGCAAGGUCCCAACUACACGCGGCAUCUGUCCGAUCACCCAUAUGCACACCAGUUUAUCCCAUGGCGCUUCAAUUCAGAGUCGAUGCGCAAUCUUUUCGGAGGGCCCUCACAUAACGAAUGCCGCUCAUGUUCAGACGCGAUCACUGGGUUCGGACUGUUGUGUCCUUUCUGCAUGUGCGCGGUGCACUUCGAUUGCUAUGACUAUCCCGAAGGCAGCUUCUUCACCGAAUACUUUCCUGCAUUAGAGCCAGAUGCACUAAAGGUCGCCUUCUUCCGCUUUUGCCAUUUACAUCCAUCACGCCGCACGCUCCUUCCUGCGCCGAUCCUGAGGGAGGAGCAUACCUUCCGCCCUGUCAACCUCUUUGGUAUGGCUCUCUGCUUCAUCUGCCGCACCCCUCUCUGGGGAUGUAUGACGCAGGCGAUGCAGUGUCAAUCCUGCAAGCAAUUUGUCCAUGCACAUUGUCUGGAAGCAACGUCGCUGCCCCGGUGUCGUUCUGUUUCUGUCGACGAUACAUAUCUUACCAUAGACUUUUCCGUUCUGCGCCGAUCUUUCACGGAGUUCUACCGGGACAUCUCGUUGGCCCUGACAGAUCCCAGCCGAAGGACGUAUGAAGAGGUCUCUCUUUUCUACGCUAUGCUAUGGAUUCAGUUGGAGUUGUUGAAGAACGGAGUUGUUCUCGGCUCCAUUCUGGUCGUCCCAGAGAACUCGGAAAAGCCGGUGUCUAAUGACAGCCAGUUGGAAGAAUUUGAGCUUCACCAGUUGAUCAAGCGGUGUGAAGAGUACCUGUCUUCUGGCAACCUUUCUGUCUCCAGAUCGUUGACUGAUUUCUUUGUGGAGAAUAACGUGCGAGCAGCGCAGGCGUUCAUCUUCUUCGACUGGAACGCCCUCACGUUCAUAGCGAGUACCAUCAAGAUGCCUCACCAGGUCCCGGGAAUAUCUACAAGUCUUUCCUCAUCCGACUUACUCAGCGUCGGCCAGAUGGAUGUGUUCGAGAGCGAGCCCGAGGAUGGCUCUCCAUAUCCCUUCGAGAUCGCCUCGCUCUCCCAUUUGCGGAACCAGCUAGGAGAUCAGUUCCAGUUAUACUCAGAGGCAGCUGCACGGUUCGCUCUCAUGUAUCUUUCGCACCUCGGCUUCUUCCAGCUCCCGGAUGGGCUGGACGAUUUGUCUCGCGACAUCUCGCAUCCGGAACGGCAACAGUGCGUGUUUCCGCUCCCAUUCGGCUUGGAGGUGUCGGCGGAGGUGGAGACGUUGGCAGCGGCGAUCGAAGCGUGCUUGUCGGACUUCGAUUUGUCUGUGAAUGAAGCGGGUUUCUUGCUCCUCGUGCGGCGGUUCUGUCCUGACGGGCUGAUGACGGACUACGCGUUGCGUAGGCUCGCGAAGGCCGUUGUGCACUGGAUAUUGUCCGAGGACAACAACCUGGCCGUAAUGCUUCGCGACUAUGUUGCCGAGGGGCGCAGCCUUCCUGGGGUUCGUUCAGGUUUAGAUCCACAGCCCUGGCCCUCGUCGUCUGAAUCUCGACCAACGGCGGCGAACUCGGUGAACAAUGGAGGUGAUUAUGUGGCUAGUCGACGCGCACUUUUGCACCGGUACGCUGCACGGUGGUUGCUUGCUCUCCACAAUCAGGAUGUCGACAAGUACACUACAACCAUUUUCGAUUUGCUUGAGGAGCACGCAAAUGAGAGUGAGCCUAGCGAUCUCAUUUUAGCGGCAGAUGACUUCCAGAAGAGGAGGCGACUAGCUGCCACGGACAAUGUUCUGAGAUUGAUCAUGAAGUUGCAUCAAGCAGGCGUGGUUUUUACUUCUUACCAUGAUCUAUUUGGUAGGUGGUUGGAGUUGGCUUCUGAUGUGCGCCACGAUGAAGAGCCCAUCUGGUCAUUAUCCCGCCUUUUCACUCGAGAGAUCGAAUCCAGCCAGCGAUCUGGCUCCAUAGUCGAAAACCGGAUGACCAUCGUGGACCCGUCGACAGUAGCCCCUCUCAACCCUGUGAACGUGCUCAUUGACGUGGCGACCGGGAGUAAAGAAGGAUACCUGCGUACUCUGCACUGGCUGUGUCUGCUUGUACGGGCGGGCGUCGACGUCUCGGUCUCGACAUUCAUGCAGUUAGUGUCGCUCGCGAAACGAUUCGAUGUCACGGUCAAUGAGUGCCUUCUGUUGGUAAAAGCAAUCAUGUGGUCUACGUGGCUUAGGGUAAUGGGGCGUCAAGAUUUGCAGAACGUAGUUGCGGCGCUGCAUGCUCACUUCGCCCCUCAAGUAGUAGCACGCCUUCAAUCAAGGGAUAGGUCGCCCGAAAUGUUUCUUUUCAUCCGACAGUCGCUGGCUACGUGUCUUCUACUUUACGGAUGUGACAGAAGCUAUGUCACCUAUCUCGGGAUGAUUCACAAGGAAGAAACUGAUGGUUUGGCAUCUAGACGAAAAUUACCUCGCGCCUCGAUGUCUGCGGAUCCUAUCAUAGUCAAUGCUGACUUGAUAAGCGCCUUGAAAUUAUACGUUCAGACGGAAAUCCAUGACGUAUCUUGUUUGGUGGCGAAAUUCCUCAACGCCUUUCUCAACGAGGCGGCCUUCGUAGAGUCAUACGAGGUCGACAACUUCAUUCUACGCAAUGGACCUAUGUUAUGCACCUGCAUGUGGCAGUUUUACGCUAUCCAACACCAUGAUAUAUCCACCAUCAGGACAUCUCUUCUCCUGCGCGUUCUCGUCGUCGAUCCGCAGCCUUUUCAAGCCCUUCUUGAGGAGUGGUUCCAGGUAGACAUUUCUUGGGAACUGCGGUUGCAAGCGAUUCUGCGUCUCUUUCGCAUCAUCCUUGACGUGACAAGUCCCGCGUUCAGCGUAGAAGAUCGUCAAUGGAGAUCAACUGUAAUCGACGUGUUCUAUUACUUCUUCUCUUCUCUAUGGAGGGACCCAAGGGAAGAAGUUAGACUCGCCGUAGACACGUGGUCUCAAACGCUCCUUCCAGCUCAUUUCGACGCCAUAACUGCGUGUUGGAACGAGUCCCUGGCUAAAUCUACGAUUUCCGAACGGAUCAAGCUGAUAUCCUUUCUAGAUCAGCUUCGCCCUCAUUUCCCAGACUGGCGAGUUCUAUCUUGGGAAUGCAUCCUUGAGACUCUGUUGGAAAGUGACUUCAUGCAGAGGAAUGGAGACAACGAGGAUGGGCCAGCCGCAGCUCAUUUGUCUAUGUAUGGGUUGAGUUCGAGUUCGAAAUCUCCUGCAUCCUACGCUGUCGACUUGGAUCCUGAAUUAAGUCAUCUGAGAGUAUCACUGCUGUCUCUGUCCAUGCGGAUGGUAUCGGAUGGCGUUUUCAUCGACCUCGUUUCACUACUCAAAAUCAAAGAUCACGUUGCUCGGGUAGUGGGUUUCCAAGAUGUUACUAUAGUGCCGACAGCAAGCGGGCACACUUUUCAUGUCCGCUUCAGUGCCUUGGGCACCAUUGCGGAAUCUGCUGACCCUUGUCUGAACGACCUGAUGAUGAUACUGGACUCGUCAAGGUCCUAUGAUCUACCUCCGUCAGCCAUGGGCGGCCUUUACGCAGAGGAUGAUAGCCCGUGCCAUUUGCUAGUGGGAUCUGUUUUCGUUGACAUACUGCUUGACCUAUUUGUUCAUGCUGAAGCCGUUGGUACACUGUCGCCAAUCACUCUGAAGAACAUGUUAAAGUCGCUCAUUAUCCUGGUACAUAAACAUGACUUCGAUUCGAAACCCUUGAUGCAUCUGCAGGGGAAUUUGCGCAGGGCGGUUCGACAUACGCUGGACCUUUUGUUCAUGAAUCUCAGUUACGAGAUACGACAGCUCGCUCUGUCGGCCUGUCUGGCAUUCAUCAAGAGAUGGCCUACGAUCGUUGGCAAUUUUAUUUGCGAAGCUAUAGAGGCCGCAGUCAGACUCAUGGUGGUUCUUGAUUACGAACGACAUAGCGACGACGUUUUGGUGGAACAAACGAGAGGGUUCCUCGAUACUACACUGACUCUGUACUCUCAGAGUGGCGUAUUCAACGUCUUAUGCAAACGGCAAUUGUUGUCUGAGUUCUUCGAUGUCAUACACUACGUCGUUGUGGCGAACACGAAAGCGAACAUCUCAACAAUACGGGAGGGUCUUCAAGACGAGCUCUUACGCGAUACGUUAACGAAGGCUAUCGAGAACGAGCCAGAUUCAUUCCAACGUGUCAUUGGAAAUAUUGUCUCUUACGUUGAAGUCGUGCACCACUCUGGGUACAGCUCUGACAUGAUGCAGUUUGUAGGACUUCGUCUAACGCAUAUCGUUCGACGUACCGCAGAAUGGUCUGCAGAUGCAUUCGAUCCAAACCCUCUGCUACGUCUCGCGUGCACGCUUGUGCAACACAACAAGGCGCAGAGUAGGGAUCUGCUGAUGUACAUGGAAACACUGCUUCGUGCUGCCCUCGUCCGCUUCCACGUGUCCGCGGAAAGUCUAGCGCGUAUAGUUCUAGCCACCUCGAUGAUUUACCGCAAGGCUGGUUCUAUCACUAACUCUGGAGAUGCGUUGCAAACAAAUCCAAUUGUGUACUCCAUGUCGGAGAUCUUGUCCGAUGGCCUACACGGAAAGGCCCGCAUAUCACCAACAACAUUGACUGCAUUGGUUCAGACUAUGUCGGCGGCUAUGGAUCACGGAGUAGUUAAAGUCGCAAUCUUGUCCGAAGACGCAUUCUUUCGUCUGGCGGAUGAUGGACUUUUCUUCCUGUACAAUGACGGUGUCUCCGAUGGUCUGUCAACUGCGGAUUUCAAUACGUCUCAGGCGGUGGCGAACCUGGUCUUACAAGCGGCGGACGUACGCCCAGCAAUCCUAGGCAGGCUUUUGAGGAUUCAAGCGACUAUACACACGUGGAAUAUGUUGGUUCUGGCUGCACUUGCGAGCGAGAGCCCCUCCUCUGCCUUCCGCAUUUUUGAUUACUUCUCCACGUUCUCGCUUGCGUAUGCACGGUCUCUUUGUUCAUACCAGCAUCCACAGUGGCCCUUAGAUAUAGAUGCACAAGAGAUAGCUCACAGGGACAUCAGCAACGCCUACGCUGCGCUCAAAAUGUGGUUACUCCUGGCUCGAAGGGCAGCUGCGCAGCGCAUUGAGCUAGCUGUGAACUCACGUCGCAACGGUGCAGACGGGGAUGGUAUGCUUGAUGAAGAGAUCCUCGCAACCAGUAUGGUGUGGAACGAACUAUGGCCGCCAUUUGAAAGUGUGAUGAGCGCCUUUGAAGCAGAUGCUCAUGCGGGGAACCAUUCGCCACUGGCAUCCACUAUAUGGGCGUCUGUGGCUGACCUUCUCCUAUUUCUGCGUCAAUCCCGCUCGGUCGCGUUGGAUACGUCGUUGGAGACACGAAUCCUCAACCGUCUACGUACCAUUGUCCGUGGUGAAGCAAAGCUGUCGAGGAUUCUGCGGAGUAUGACUGAGCCUCCGCCCGAUGUCGCAUUUGAUUUCCUCGUGAGACAGGUGACGACAGAAAUCGAGGCGGAAGAGAAGCUGCAGGCAGCUAAACGCCAGAACGCGAUCCCAGAGAGAGGACGAAGGGUUGUUAGCUGA